CUUCCUCCUCCACCUCCUUCAUUUGGCUUUAAUGAUAUCCAGCGACGUUCCAUGAAAAAGCUGAACUGGGACACCAUUCCCAGCCAGCGCGUCCUGGGCAAAUUGAACGUCUGGACGUCUAUGCGGCCUCAGAGGGUCCUCGAGCUGGAUAUUCAGAGCAUUGAGGAGUUGUUCAGUCAUGUAGACAAACGGGCAUCGCUGCGCAACUCAAAAGUCAUGGGUCUGAAUACGUGUGAUAACUUGGACCUCUUUCCACAGGAACCUAAGGUCACAAUCCUUGACUCUAAAAAAAGCAUGAAUAUUGGGAUCUUUCUGAGACAUUUCAAAAGGCCAGUGGCAGACAUUGUGCAGGACAUUAGUCAAGCAAACAGACUUGGAUUUGGAUUAGGCGAACUACAAGAGCUUUGCAAACUACUGCCUGAAGAAAGAGAGGUGAAGCAGCUGCUGUCGUUCAGUGGGAAUCUCUCCGUGUUACCCGAGGCUGACCGCUUUAUGGUGCAGCUGGUCAAAGUGCCGGGCUAUGAGGAACGUCUGAAAACGAUGGUGCUGAGAGAGGAAUUCUUCCCUCUUAUGGAGGAGGUGAAGAUCUCUGUUGCUGUCAUGACCAAAGCAGCUAAUGAGCUGUUGGACUGUGACGACCUCCACUCAGUCAUUCGGCUGGUAUUAAAAGCGGGGAAUUACAUGAACGCUGGCGGUUACAGUGCAAAUGCCAUCGGCUUCAGGAUGACCUCUCUGCUCAAUCUGGCAGACACCAAGGCCAACAAGCCGGGCAUGAACCUCAUGCACUAUGUUGCCAAGCAAGCCGAGGACAUCGAUGCCGAGUUGCUGACGUUCCACACCCAGCUGGAGCACAUUGGGUUGGGAGCAAGAGUUUGUAAAGAGGAAGUCAUCACGGACUUUGAGAGGCAACUCAAAAAGGUCAAGGAAGUGAAAUUGUACUGCAGCAGACAGCCUGGCCUCUUACAACAAAUGGAGACAUUUUUCUUGAGGGCUGAGGCCAAGCUGGCAGAUGUGGAGUUCUCCGUUCUGGAGCUGAAGGCUCUUAGCAAUGCUGUCGCUGAAUAUUUCUGUGAAGACCCGGCUACCUUCAAACUGGAGGAGUGCUGCUCCAUCUUCCAUUCGUUCUGCAAGCGAUUUGACACGGCUGUAAAGGAGAAUCAAGAGCGAGAGGCAGCCGACCAGAGGCGCAAGCGGAAGGAGAGUAUGCGCUUUGUAGCCAAACGCCGCUCCAUAGUGUCUUGCCCAGGACCCAACACUGAGCGGGACUCAGGUAUCGAGUCUGCCUUACACAGCUUUCUCUCCUCCGCUCCAGAGGGAGUCGUCAGAAACAGGAAGAAGAUACUGCCCCCAAUCGAAGGAUCUCCUGUUGAACGCAGCGCUUCGGUUCCAUCGCUAGAAAAAAUGGAGACUCCGCCCCGUACUAGACCCGAGAAGAAACAACCCAUACUGCAGGAAAAAGACGGGCAAAUAAGUGAUCUAGAAAAAAAAGAAGAAGCUGACAAAAUGCGUGAGAUAAGCAGGAAGGUGCUUCACUAUCAAAGCAGCAGAAGCAGCCUUAAUGGGAGCAGAGAUUCAGACACUCCCCUACGGUCGGAGAGAGCACAGGACACACCGGGCACCCCGAGUACCCCGAGUACCCCGAGUACCCCUCAGCCUCGAACCAGAGACUUCUUCUUCUCCAACAACGGUGAUUCGGGCUCCCCAUGGACGAUCCUGAGCCCUUUUACUAGCUCCCAAAGAAACGCCAGACACCUACGCAGACUAUCCUCAACUCCAAGUGGGAAAGACUUUGAUGAAGUGUGGGAGAUGGACAAAGGCAGUUCCUCUGAACCGGACACUCCAACAUCUCCCCCAGAGGGUCCUGCCUCCCUCCCUGAGUGCCCCAGUCUAAGAGCUCUGUCGCAGGCUCCCAUCCUCAGGUCUGUUUCCAUGGAUGGAACCAUGCAAUUUCCAGCCACUGGUUUCCGGCUGGGAGACUUCAUCCUGAGAAGCAUGUCUCAGAGGUCAUACUCCUCUGGAUCAAGGACAGAAUACAGGAGAGAUGGAGGAGGAAGAGUGUCUUCAUUGCUUGGCAGGAAGGCUGGGAAUCAUGUAGAAGACCAGGGGAGCUCCUCGGGGCUCCUCUCUUUCUUCAGGCGCAUCGGAGGCAAAAGUAGGCCGUACGAUGUGGAAGAGCUAGAAUAUAUAUAACAUUUUUUUAUUUAUAGACCAAGGCCAAGCUUUGUCGUUUUUCUAUGUUUAAGCAUUUUAAAUGAGUUUGUCUUUUUGUAUUGAUAUGGUUUUACCCUUCAGUGGAACCAAUGCAAAUAGGGACUUGCUUUGAACUGUGAAGGUUUUGUUUUUGUGAGGGUCAAACCAUGUUCAAAAAUAUCUUCUCUUUUUUUGUCUUUUUGUGCGCAAUAAAGUGUAUUAUUCUACCUUUUUUA